GCGAGUCAAGCCCCAACCAACACACGCACGGCUCAGCAUCGUCUACGCCAUCAGCACGGCUCACAGCCAGCAACACACACACACACACAUCAAGUAGUUCACACACACAUUCAGCGAACAGUAACAAUAGACGGGAAAGGGUACCCUUACAUGUGAUGGCGACUGCGUUCAAACGUCGACACGCCGGCCCUAACCCAAAGCCCAAGAAGUGCUCCGGGGGCAAGAUGGUGCUCAUGCAGACAGGGCUGGAAACAGAAGCCCAGCUGCUGUUCGAGAAGGUGACCCGAAAACUCAAUGGGCACGUGGCCAACAAAUUCAACUCAGCAGGUGAGUGUGCCAGUCGUUCUUUCGAUCAGCUGCAUGCGCCUGCGCAUUUGCUCAAUUCACAAGUGGAUUAUGUGGGCCAUGCUUGUUGA